GCUGACUGAGAUGAGUAUCAGCAGAGCAUGAGAGAUGGUAAACUCGGCAGGCUUGCAAAUCUUCUCCGUCGGCACGGAAACGAGAAGGCCCUUGCUCAUGGAAAGCAGCUACAUUGCGAGCUUGCCAGGCUUGGAUGCGAGAAGGAGUCGCUUAUCGGGGGCCUGUUGGUGCGAACGUAUGGAAGCUGUGGGAGAUUGGAGGAAUCAUGCCAGGCAUUCGACCGGACGAGGCAGCGUAGUGUUUUCACCUGGAAUAUCAUGAUGGUGGCGUAUGCCCAGAACGGGCAUAUAAGUCUCGCAAGGAAGACUUUUGACAAGAGCCCGAGUCACAACAUCGUGCUGUGGAAUAGCAUGCUUACUGGAUACGCACAGAACGAGUACGUGACUGAAGCCAAGCUCUUUUUCGACGAGAUGCCGGAGAGAGACACAGUUUCCUGGAACGCCAUGAUCUCCGGUUACGUCCAGAACGGGCACUACAGGGACGCUCUCCAGCAGUACAGGAAAAUGUGCCUGGAUGGCCUUGAGCCUACGAAUGCUACUUUCGUCAGCUCCUUAGAUGCCUGUGCGAAGCUACAGUCCCUGGAAGAUGGCGAGAAGGUUGCGUUUCAUAUAGAUGAGAGGCCGGGUGUCACAGGCCUGUUGGCGAGGAACGCGCUACUCUUCAUGUAUAGCCAGUGCGGGUGUAGCGACUACGCAGCGGAGCUCUUUCACAAAAUGCCCGAGUGGAGCGUUGCAUCGUGGAACAUCGUCGUCGCAGCGUAUGCUCAAUCCGGACGUAUGGAAAGAGCUAUCGAGCGGUUCGAAAGUAUGCCCGAGCGAAGCACAAUUUCGUGGAUUGUGAUGAUCACGGCUUAUGGCGAGGGAGGCCGAGUUGACCAAGCCAGGAGGACGUUUGAUGCGGUUCCGGAGAAGGAAAAGGAGAAGGAGAUUAUGUGCUGGAACGCCAUGCUUGGAACUUACUGCCAGAACAGACGUCUCAGCGAAGCGGAAAGCUUCUUCCGUGACAUGCCUCAGAAGAAUGCUAUCUCCUGGAGCACGAUGAUCACGGCAUUUAACCACGCUCAGCGGCCGCGAGAUGCGUGGAAGUAUUACCAGGUGAUGAAUCUGGAUGGCGCAAGGCCGAGCUGUAGCACUCUCGCGGUUGCUCUUAAUGUUUGCUCGACUGCGAUGGACGUCAAGAGCGUCCACGAGAAUUUCCUUUGGAGAUACUCGGAAGUGGACGCUGGUUUUGCUCUCGCUCUGGUUCGAAACUACGGCAGACUGGGACGGAUCAACGAUGCAAAGUCCGUGUUUGAUAAGUUUCCUACGGACGCACUGCUAGCUUCGGCACUGGUCACGGCAUUUGUCGAGAAUGGCUGCCUCCAAAAUGCCAGGGAGCUCCACGCAAAGAUGGCAGUAAAGGACGUAGUGAGUGGAACAAUCCUUCUAGCUGCUCACGCUCAAGAUGGUCAGCUUGAGAUUGCCGAAGCUAUCUUUCAUGAGAUGCCAGCCAAGGACGUGGUCGCCUGGAACUCUAUGGUCUCGGCCUACUCUCAGGCCGGCUAUGCGAAGCUCUCUCUCGAUUUACUUCCGGUGAUGGACAUGGAUGGCAUACAGCCCGACGCUGCAACUUUCGUGGUCUUGCUCCACGCUUGCUCCUUGAUGAACUCGCUGGCUCUCGGUGAAAGCAUCUACUCGAUGGUGAUCGAGCUGCAGAUCGAGGUGGAGGCGGACGUGAGGCUGGGCUGUGCCAUCGUAGACAUGUUCGGCAAGUGUGGAAGUCCCCAAGACGCGAGGAAAGUGUUCGAGGGAAUGGAUCAGAGGAACGUCGUCCUGUGGAGUGCGAUGCUGGGCGUCUAUGUCUUUCACAAGCAGGAGGAGCAAGCCUUUGGCCUGUGGAGAGUGAUGGGCUUGGAAGGUGUGGAGCCCGACGCUGUGACGUUCCUCAGCCUGCUUACAAUGUGCUGCCAUGCGGGGCUACUCGAUGCUGCUGUGGACGAGUUCGUUUCUAUCUCCAGGGACUAUGGACUAGAACCGGGAGUGGACCAUUUCUCGUGUGUGAUUGAUCUUCUUGGGAGGCUUGGGCUCGUGAAUGAAGCGGAGGAUUUGAUGCUGGGCAUGCCGUGCAAGCCCAGUGCUGCUACCUGGAAUUGCCUGCUCAGUGCUUACAAAAUUUGCGGUGACUUUGAGAGAGCCUUGCGAGUUGCUGAGCUCAACCCAACCCAAGCCUCGUACCUUUUGCUCUCAAACAUGUAUGCUCAAUACGACAAGUCAAAUUAGAAAUAAAUCCUGCUCUCUCUUCAAAAGAAAAGGAAAGACUCCGUAUCAAACACACAUCAACUUUUAUCUGUCUAAUUUCUCAUGCUGUUAAUAUACAGUUAGAGAACAAAACGAUGUUCAAGAAAAAAUUCAUGAACGUAAUAACGAGGAAGAAAAAUUCACUUUC